AUGUCUGGUGGCAUCACAUACAACGGUGUGCAUGGAGGAGAUGGAGGGCGAAUCUUUGAUGGCCUCAAGUUUUGGGUCGCGCAUCAAGUGCCCACGCGCAGUACUAUUCUGGAUCAUAUAAAACGCAAUCGUGGCAUUGCCGUAGCCCUGGAAAAGGAUGCCGAUUAUCUCAUUGCAGACCACGCGCGAAAAAACGCACCCAGCGGCUCCAUCUCUUGGAAGUUCAUCACUGAAUCUGUAAAAAAUGGCUAUGUCCAGCUCCUUGAUCCUUACAGGAUAGGACACGCACCGGCAGGGCCGCGGCAAGCUGCCUCAGGAAGGCCUACAAAAUUCGGAAGAGUCAAAUUUACGACUGCUGAAGACGCUGCGCUUGCGAGCUGGGUGCUGGCGCAUGACAGCGGCCGAACAGGCAAUGCAAUUUACAUUGAGUUUGAAAACAAGCACCCCCAACAUACCUGGCAAUCGUGGAGAAAUAGAUAUACGAAGAAACUCCAGCAGCUGCCUCCUGCGGCUCUCGUACACUUGGCCUCGCAAGCAUCGGACGAGCCGACACCCCAGGCCAUCGAGGAAGCGCAGCCAGACGAAGAAUUACCAGAUCCCACAGCGCUCAUGCUCCAGCGCCAGGGGGAAAGGGUACAACAGGAAACGGCGAAGCAGAGGGCAAGGAAUCGAGCCGCGGCUCAGCCACCAGCACCGUCGCCGCAACCGCAACCGCAACCGCAACCGCAACCAACCGAAGACGAUGAUGCAGCCAAAAGCCAAUUGUACGAUGAUCUCCAAGAGUAUUGCCAGGAAGCUGGGCUACAGUUUUCACCCACGCAACAAAUUGUCGGGCAGCCCGUCGAGCUCUGGGAGCUUUUCAAGGCCCUGAGCGACCAGAAACUGCCCGCCGAGGAAAUUGACUGGCUGCGCGUCGCCGAGCAGCUCGGCUACGCAUGGUCCGACGUGGAUGUUGCGGUCAACGCCCUGCAAAGUUGCUACGAGGAGAAGCUCGCCGAUUUUCUCGACAUCAUGGAGCUGGUGCCGACGACAAAGGGUGUCGGACCGGCUUCGCCGCGAAAUGCUCAGAUGCCGUCGUCGCCGCCCCCGCGCUUCUUGCCCGCGAAGCGGCCCCUGGACGUCGACGACGACGACGAGGGACUCGACAUUCAGACCCCGGUCAAGCGACGCCGGCUGAUGAUCCCCCCCGAGAUACCUUCGACUCCCGACGUCGAUCGCCAGCGUCGGACUAGCGCGGGUGCGGCAACGACAACGACGCCCUUGCGGUCCGAGACUCGGCUGCCCGGCCUGCACACGCACGAGUCGGAGCAGGAAAUGACGCCGUCGCAACAGCUGCAGUCAGAGUACCUCAACAGCAGCCCCAUUCGAUCGCGCUUCGACAGUCGCCCGACGCCGUCGCAGAGCCCAUUUGCGUCCACCAGCGCCAACGUCAAGCGGCGCGUGCUCCCUCGCGAUUUCAAACCGCGCGCACCACCGCCGCCACCACCGCCGCCGCCGCAGCAACAGAGUCAAGAAUCGCCGUUCCCCGGCGCCGUCAUCUGCGGCGCGCAGCCGCCACCACGGCCACCCGUCGGCCCCCCUGCGUCCGUCGCCGCCGCGCGCCGCCCCCUCAGCAACGACGAGGAGCUCGAGAAGCACAUCCAGCACUACGAAUCGCUAGGCUACACGCGCGCGACAGUCGUUGAGGGACUGAAGCGGACGACGAUGGUGCUCGGGCUCGCGACGGUGGUGAUGCAAAGCCUGCGCGACGGCCGCGGCGUGCCGGCGCGGUACGAGGGCGUGUGGACAGACCGCGACGACGAGGGCCUGCGGCUGGUGGUGGACGUGGGGCCGCAGGCCUUGGAGACGGACGUGAGGGACAAGGAGGUGAUGAAGAAGGUGCGCAAGGCGCGGCGGGCGAGGGACAAGUUGAUGGAUAAGCACGGCGAGGAGCGCAUGGCGCUGCGGAUCAAGUACCUCAAGGCGACGGGAAGGUUGGCUGCUGCUGCGGACUAA